UGUAAUCCGAACACUGCAGACAAAAUCAGAGCAACAACUACUGCGCAAACAACCUUUUUUUCCCCACUCACAACGGCUUUUGGAGCCACAGAAGCGACAUCGAACGAAAGAAGAAGCCUAGGAACUGUACAUAUUUGGGAUUUAACAGCUUCACAUCAUUAAAUAAACAAACAAACAAACAAACCCAUUUCACCAAGGAUUUCAGGAGAGUGUUCCUUCAUCAGAACCAUAAAGAAGAAUAAAGGGAAAAAAACAUGAAAAAGGGAAAGCAGGUGAGUAAUGACAAUGAGCCUCCCAGCUAUCAAGAGGCAACAGCAGGCUAUGCUGAGAUGGAGGCCCAGUUCGCCUGGGAUGAUAAGACCAUCCGGCGGACUUUCAUCAGGAAGGUCUACGCCAUUCUCAUGGUUCAGCUGUUUGUGACCGUGGGCGUUGUUGGUCUCUUCACAUUUUGUGAACCAGUGAGGUUUUUUAUUCAGACUCAUCCUGGCUUGUACUCGGCAUCCUAUCUCAUGUUUUUUGCCACCUACAUUGCACUGUCCUGCUGUGGAGACCUGAGGAGGCAGUUUCCUUGGAAUAUAAUUCUUUUAGUUCUCUUUACUCUGAGCAUGGCCUUCAUGAUGGGAUUUUUGUCAAGCUUUUACAACACCAAGUCGGUGGUGCUGUGCCUGGGAAUCACAGCUCUGGUGUGUCUUUCUGUCACCAUCUUCAGCUUCCAGAGCAAGAUUGAUGUCACCUCUUGUCAGGGAAUCCUGUUUUCCUUGUGUAUGGUCAUGCUCAUCUGUGCCAUCGCCAUCUCCGUUGUCGUCCCUUUUGGAUACGUACCUUGGUUACAUGCCACCUAUGCUGUAAUAGGAGCCAUCCUCUUUACUCUGUUCUUGGCAUUCGACACUCAGAUGCUCUUAGGAAACAAGCGCUACGCCAUCAGUCCAGAGGAAUACAUCUUUGCCACGCUCAGCCUCUACCUGGACAUUAUCUACCUUUUCAGCUUCCUGUUACAGAUUACGGGAGAAGGCCGGGAGUGAAGCCUGUUUUACACGUUUCUCCUGCAUACUAAAGAUGUUUCUCAGCUGAACUAUUUGAUCACUUGACUUGGAUUUACCUCUCGACAGAACGACAUGACUUCAAGGCUCAUUGCAGCAACCUGUUUGCUCUUUCUUUAAGUGAUGUGUUAUCGAUCUAACCUUUGUUUAACCUUUAAGUCUCUUCAGUUCAUAAUCUUCUUAUCAAGGGAGACCCUGAAAUCCCAUCUUGAAAUCCCAUAGAUGACACCGUCCAACUACUGCUAGCUGCUACCUUGGGAAUCUAUAAGUGUGUGUUUUGAAUGCCAUUUUGGACUCUUAAGUGGAUAAAAGCAGGUACAAACAGAGUUGGAUGCAUCACUCCGUUUAUUCAGCCUUGAGCCAAUAAUGGGGUUGAGUUUGUUUUAAUCAUUUGUUUCACAUCCAAUAUGUAGAUGCACUUUUAUACUUGUUUUUAUUUUUAUUCAUUUCAUUAUAUAUGAUAGGUUUAGUGUAUUAUCAGUAUGUACUGUAUGUGUGUAAGCUCAGACUGGGCAGUGGUAUUUUGGAGGCAGCAGCUACUGUAUGAGUCAACAGACUUUAAGAUGUAAAGAAAGCAAACAGCAACCACAAAGGGAAAAUGUACAUAGAGUAAGUCAGAGUAAGAGAGUACAUUUGGCUGUUAGAGAUCUGUUUACACUGGUGUUGAGAAUUUACUGUGGCCUUUUAGCUGUUAUAGAAAAUAGUUUUAGAUUAAUAAGUUAAUAAUGGGAACGCUGGAAACUGUGUGUAAUGAAUAAAAAACAUUAUACAUUUCUUUGCAAAGAACACGGGCUAUGGACUUGUAAGUGGCAAUGUAAUUAAAGUAACACAUGAAACCUAUCAAGUGUGUUAGUUUUAAUGUUACAGAAUUAAACAAUAAUAACA